GAGAGAGAGAGAUGGAGAUCAGAUCGCUGAUAAACGUGGUGAAUUCGGUCGUUCCACUGUACGUGGCAAUUUUGUUGGGAUAUCUAUCGACGACUAGAUGGAAGUAUUUCACCAUGGACCAGUUCACAGGGAUGAACAAUUUGAAUAGCAUAUUUUUGAUCCCCUUGUAUAUUCUGCAUUACCUUGCUAACACGGAUCUUCGGUCUCUAAGUGCCGUCUUCAUCUUGGCCGACACCUGUGCAAAAUUCUUCAUCCUAAUCUUUCUCUGGAUUUGGAUACGGUACUUGUGUACGGCAGGGAAUCCCAGUGAACGGUUAGAGUGGCUGAUCACAUCUUUCAUGAUAGCCACGUCAUCCAAUCUAUUCAUUGUGGGAUUACCUCUUAUGGACGCUAUGUACGGCCCAGAGUCCGGUGGUUACGUGGCACAGAUCGCUAUCAUGGACGUCCUUUUAUGGUCUCCAUUGUAUCAAGUGAUAUGCGAGCUGGUCUUGUCGGCGCGGAAGAAGGAAGAGGAAGUAACUUCAACUUCACCAAGUGAGGACGUGGGCUCGGUGAGCGAGUCAGACUGCGAACUACCACGAAAGCCUAAGUCCCAGACUGUAACUGGGACUGUCAUCGCUAUCAUGGGACAAGCAGACCCUGGAAUGGGACCUAUGGGUCCCGAACGCGGACUGGUCUCAGCAGGGGACAGUGUACGAAAGCCCACACUUGCAAGAGUAAGUGAUAAAGCCACGCAAGGUGCUCGAACCUAUUCCCACACCCAGUCCCACACCCAGUCCCACAUCCAGUCCCACAACCGUUCCGAUGGCCCUUGCUCAAGACAGAGACGCUCAAUCCAGGCUCAGGAUCACGAGUAUCAUGGUAGUGUCCAUCCUAGUACAGCCUCAGAGACUAAUCUGGCUGCAUUUGCUGGCAAUGGCAUAGUAAACGGGCAGAAUGUGAAAGGGGGGGGGCACCCACCUCCUCCCCCUCCUCUCGGUUCUUCAGCUUCGCCAGCAGCUCUCGAUUCUCCUUCUGCAUCCUUCCCUGCAUCACCCCUCCAUGUUUCUUCUGGAUUCUCUCUCACUUCUUCCCCUCUCUUCUCUCCUCUUCCUCCACCUGACGGUGCAUUGUCCACCGUGUCAGAUUGGAUCCCGGCUGAUUUCUCCUCUUCCGUUGAGCUUCCUUCCAUCGAUGUUUCCACUGCGAGUUCUGCCGCUGCAGCGACUCCUGCAUCUGGUUAUGGAAUUGAUGUUGACGACAACAAGCGGAGGGGUUGCGAUGGGCAAUCCGGUGGUCAGUCGUCGGGACGCCGGGAUGCGACGGGAGACCGGGAAAGCGUUGACUUACAAAAGGCCAGCAGUAGAGGACAAACAG